GUUGGCAGCAUUCGUGCUUCUUAAAAGAAAGAUCAACAAAAAUGGACGAAGUUGAUUAAUUCUCUUGUCGGCCACUUAAUUUAGUAGAAUUUCAACGUAAACUUCAACUAAUCUGUGUCCCGAUAUGAUGCAGUUUAUGCUUUUGUUUAGCCGGCAAGGCAAACUUCGUCUUCAAAAAUGGUAUCAGGCUUAUCCCGACAAAACAAAGAAGAAAAUCACGAGGGAACUAAUCACCACGAUCCUCGCCCGGAAGCCCAAAAUGUGUAGCUUCCUAGAGUGGAAAGACAUGAAAGUUGUUUACAAAAGAUACGCCAGUUUAUACUUCUGUUGUGCUAUUGAGCAGGAUGACAAUGAGCUGUUGACUUUAGAGGUCAUUCACAGAUAUGUGGAGCUGCUUGACAAAUACUUUGGAAGUGUCUGCGAACUGGACAUAAUUUUCAACUUCGAGAAAGCCUACUUCAUGUGCGACGAGCUGCUCCUCGGAGGGGAAAUUCAAGAGACAAGCAAGAAGAAUGUGCUGAAGGCAAUCGCCGCGCAAGACUUACUGCAAGAGGAAGAGACUCCGCAGGGGCUGUUCGAAGAUCACGGGCUGGGCUAAUUUGAAUUAGACAUGACAGACAAAAACACAUUCCGACUCAUCAAAACUCUCGCUAGGAAUUAUAAAAGUUUUCUGAAGAAAAAAAACUUUCAGUAUUAUAGUAAUAAUAGAAACUAGCAAGUCAUAUUUUUGUAUAAUCUGCCUUCUACGCUUAAUGUGCUUGCGUUCUGGAUAGUUAAUCAAUAUUUUUGCGAAUGAGAUCUAAUUUUUUUUUUUUAAGAUUGACAGGCAUGAACUUAGUUCUCAAACCUGACAAGCAAAUUUCAUUCCAUAUGAUGCAUUUUAUUUUUUGUUUUGUGAUUGACACUUAUUCAAUGUGUGUGAUCAAUAAAGUGCAAUUGAUGUUUCUCAACUGAAAUCAAAAUAAUUGACAUAA